AUGAGUAUAUUCACACCUGUAAAUAAUAAAACAUUGACAAACGUUGCCAUUGUCAGAUACAAGAAAGGAGGUGCUCGUUUCGAGAUUGCAUGUUAUCCAUCUAAAGUUACAUCUUGGAGAACUAAAGUUGAAAAAGAUUUAAAUGAAGUCAUUCAGAUUCAUCGUAUAUUUACAAAUGUAUCGAAAGGUGUAGUUGCAAAGAAGGAUGAGUUGAUAAAGGCAUUUGGAACAGACGAUGAACGUGAGAUUCUCUUGCAGAUUCUCGAUAAGGGUGAACUGCAGGUGUCGAGUAAGGAACGUGAGAGUCAUUCCGAUCAGACAUUCCGUGAUAUCGCAACGAUCGUCGCGGAAAAGUGUGUCAAUCCCGAGACACAACGACCGAUUCCAGUGGGAAUCAUCGAAAAGGCAAUGAAAGACGUUCACUACAGUUUGCACCCAACGAAAUCGUCGAAACAACAGUCACUCGAGGUUAUCAAGUUGAUUAGCACAGUGAUCCCAAUACAGCGUGCACAGAUGCGUCUCAAUAUAACGGUUCCAGGCAAAGACGCACGUCUUUUACGCGACAAACUCGCAGCGCAAGUAGCGAAAAUCGAAGAGGAAGACUACGACAACGGUAUGGACAUGGUGUGUCUGAUUGACCCCGGUGCUUUCAGAAAACUCGACGAUUUCGUCAAGUUUGAAACAAAAGGAAAAGGUUUCAUUGAGAUUAUGUCUUUGGCCGUUGCAAAAGAAGAAAAAGAAAAUGAAGAAAGAGUUAUUUAUAUAAAUAAUAUAAAUACAAUUGAAAAUAGGAAGUAUGGUAAUAACUAUAUUAGGACUUCCAAAUAUACAAUCUUAACAUUCUUACCAAAGAAUUUAUUUCAUCAAGUAGUUCUCAAGAGAGAUUUGAAAAUUAUUUAA